AUGGCGUUUGGCCCAGGCAGCCCUCUGGCCCUGGGCGCCCUCCCGUCGGUGCUGUGCUUGGUGCUGCUGCUGCUGCCCGGCGGUUUCUGUGAAAACUGUACAGCAUACAAAGAUUCUGAUGGCCACUUAAAUUCAGAAAAACCCUGCCUGGAAUUCUGCUGUGGAACCUGUACAAGCCGAUAUUGUUGCUCGAACGAGUUACAUAAAUUAGAUGAAGAUGUUCAACUUAUGUGUAAUGCGAUGUCAGAAAGCACAUUGGAAGAGUCUGUGAUGGGAGAAGCAAUGAAGUUCAGAUCGGAUUUUGAUGAUUGGAAUGCGGCUCGUGACACGAGCUUUGGGACUUUCGUAGCAGUUGGAGUUACACUCUUCGUGCUGUUUGUUGUGACUGUUAUUCUCUGCUUCACGUGCUCCUGUUGCUGCUUGUAUAAAGCAUGCCGAAGGCCACCAGCAGCACGGCCUAUUAUAACGACGACUACAGCCACUACCGUGGUGCAAGUGCCGUAUCCCCAGCAGCCUGGGAUGGCACCAGGUUACCAUGGAGGUUACCACACAGGAUACAGUCCUGUGCCGGUGCAGCCGCAGCCUGGAGCGCCAGCAGCACCCUACCCGACACAGUAUCCUCCGCCUUACCCCAUGCAGCCUGCAGGACCACCAGCCUACCACGAAACAAUGGCAGGUGCUGGAGCUUCCUAUCCAACAGUUCAGCCACCCUAUAACCCUGCAUAUAUGGACCCUCCAAAGCCUACUUAUUAAAUGGACCACCUGCUGUGUGUCUGCACAGAUUUCUUCAAACUGAAUCUAUCUUGAGACACACUAUCUUAAAAUACUAUUCUGUUACAGGGAGA